UAGUGCGCUGCUUCUGCGCCAGGGCUGCUAUUCACAUCCCGAGAUACGCAGGAGCAUCCGGAGCAGCACAGUGCACAGGACCGAGGCUGUUGCAGUGACUGUGUGUGGGCAGCGUUCCUGGUUCUUCACGGGCGUUACCGAUCUUCUUCUCCCGGGAUUGCUUUACCUUCGAGACCGAGACUCACUUCGACCCCAGACAUGCAUCCAGCAACCGCCAAGUGGUACGACAGGAGGGACGCUGUUUUUAUAGAGUUCUGUGUAGCAGACAGCAAAGAUGUUAAAGUCACCUUUGAUAAAACAAAGUUUGGUUUCACCUGUCUUGCAGGAACCGAAAAUGAGAAGCAUGAGAAUGAAAUAGACCUUUUUGACGCCAUUGAUGAAAAUGAUUCCAAACACAAAUGCACAGGUCGCUCAGUGAUGUGUUACUUAAAAAAAGUGCAGCCGGGAAAGCCGUGGCCGAGGCUAACAAAAGACAAGGUUAAGCUGAGUUGGCUCAGUGUUGACUUCAGCAACUGGAGAGACUGGGAGGACGACUCAGAUGAGGAGAUGGUCAACUCCAACCCACUCUCAGAUCUGAUGAACAACAUGGGAGGAGAGGAAGACCUUGAUCUCGAAGGUCCAGAUGAGGAUGAGUCUGCAGAUAGCGAUGAUGAAAAAAUGCCAGAUUUGGAAUAGAAGACAGACUCCGGAAAGAAAAUGGAAGAACAGUUGGCAAGAGGAAUCUUAAACAAAUGUAUAUCUAAAAUUGAAGGCAGUGACAAACAACUGUACAUACGAGUCAGUAGUCAUAUUUAAAACCUUAUUCUCUGCUCCAAACUCAUGACCGAUCAGUCCACUGAAGGUUGAUAUGCAUGGUAUUGUACAGAGCAGCUAUCUCCACUUCCAUUUGCUGUACUGCACCUUUUUGGGUAUCUUGUUUUACUGUUAAAUAUUACAACCAAGCACACAUUUGUUGGAAAAGCUGUAUAGUUGUCUUCAACUGAGCAAUAUGUGUUUAAAAAGAGAUAAAACAUUUUGUUUUCAAAUUAAUUGUGGUUUGAAAUAAUUGGGCCAACCCAUUCCAAAUGUUGUGGUUUUAAGUUAGUAGACUGGUGUGGUUUUCUCAAGAUUUAAGUCAAACACUAGAUGUGCAUCAAAAUAAUUAGUUCCAUUGAUUUAUCGAUUUGGUUCCUCCAAAGCCUUCCAUGUGAUGUGAAUUAGAUAUCCAGGAAGUCAGUCUCUGUUUCUGUAGCUUAACCUUCCAGCUUACAUGUUUCCCUUUACUUCUACUGAAACCAUUGCAGAAACAUUUGCAUCUUCCCAGUGGUCACCUGCGUGGUAAUCUGAAUGAAUCUCACAUAUUUAGUAUCUUGACAGCUCUUCUCUCCAUACCCACACGACACUAUCAUAUUGGACAGCAGAAACAAGGUGACAUUUUUUGAGGCUGUUAAAAGAAGCUUGAGGUUCAUUCAACUUUAUGUGGUUUGUUGCUAUUCUCCAGGUUCUUUCCAUGUUCAUCUAGAAUAGAUCCCCCCCCUCGUUGGUGAGGACGUGUUGCAACGAUGUGGUGCCGUGUAAUGACCAAAUUAUAUUUGCACUGUCAAAUAAAAUGUAAGGGGAGACAAGUAAUGUUGACUUACAGUGGAAAUUCUUUUUUUAUUGUCUACAUCUUUCUAAUAAACUGUUUAAGAAUCA